CCCACUCCCAGCCGAGCGAAAGAGCCUGGAAAACUACAAAUCUACACUUUCUCUGCUAUGUUUUCUGCUUAUUUUUUUUACCAAACAUGUAAAACCAAGCAAAGACUGGUGCAAUGCUUCUGUGUAAACGCUCACUAAAACUUAAAGCAACACAGGCCUUCAAGUGCUGUCAUCAUGUCAGAAACAGAGGAAAAAGGAGGGCCACCUGCUGAGGUCAAUGCAGGGGACAGUGCUCUGGGACCCGUGCCCAGUACCACUCAGCAGCAGCAGGGUGGCAUGACUGUGUCUUCUCCUGUGGCCCUUACUGCCACCACUGUCACCGAGGACGAAGAUGAGAGUGAAGACGAGUCCUAUAUCCUGGAGGAGAGUCCCUGCGGCCGCUGGCAGAAACGCAAAGAGGAGGUGAAUCAGCGUAAUGUUCCUGGGAUAGAUGCUGCUUAUUUGGCCAUGGACACAGAGGAGGGGGUUGAAGUGGUUUGGAAUGAAGUCAUGUUUUCGGAAAGGAAAAACUUCAAGAUUCUGGAGGAGAAGGUGAAAGCGGUGUUUGAUAACCUGAUCCAUUUGGAACAUGCAAACAUUGUCAAGUUUCACAAGUACUGGGCUGACACAAGGGAGAACAGGGCUAGGGUAAUUUUCAUCACUGAAUACAUGUCUUCUGGGAGUUUGAAGCAGUUUUUAAAGAAGACAAAAAAGAAUCACAAGACCAUGAAUGAAAAGGCCUGGAAGCGAUGGUGCACUCAGAUCCUGUCUGCUCUAUGUUAUCUCCACUCCUGUGACCCUCCCAUCAUCCAUGGCAACCUCACGUGUGAUACUAUCUUUAUUCAGCACAAUGGGCUCAUUAAGAUUGGAUCAGUUGCCCCAGAUACCAUUAACAACAAUGUGAAAACCUGCUAUGAGGAAAAGAAAAACCUGCACUUCUUUGCACCAGAAUAUGGAGCUGUAGAUGACGUCUCUACAGCAGUGGACAUUUAUUCUUUUGGCAUGUGUGCCUUAGAGAUGGCUCUGUUGGAGAUUCAGGGAAAUGGAGACUCAUCAUAUGUUUCUCAGGAGGCUAUUAAUAAUGCUAUACAGUUACUGGAGGACCCUUUACAAAGAGAAUUAAUUCAAAAGUGCCUUGAGUGUGACCCCACCACACGACCUACAGCCAAAGAACUACUUUUUAAUCAGGCCCUGUUUGAAGUGCCUCUGCUGAAGUUGUUGGCAGCACAUUGCAUUGUUAGUCACCAACAUGUGAUCCCAGAAAAUGCUCUGCAGGAGAUUACUAAAAACCUUGAUCCAAACCUUGUGAUUGCAGAGACUAAAGAAGAUGUACAGCUUAAGUUUUCACAAUUCCCUGCACUGGAGCUCGAUAAGUUUCUUGAAGACGUGAGGAACGGGAUCUAUCCAAUGAUUGCAUUUGGCCUGCCAUGUCCUCAGCAGCCUCAUAAAGAGGCCGUUAAAUCUCCAGUCAUCAUUCCUUUGGUCAAAUCACCAACUCCUGAACCUACAGAGUUUGAGACAAGACGGGUUGUUCAAAUGCAGUGUAAUAUUGAACCAAACGAAGAUGGCGGAAAGUAUCAUCUAACAUUGCUGCUGAAAUUAGAAGACAAACUUAAUAGACAUCUAAGCUGUGACAUGUUACCUCAUGAGAGUGUUGGAGAGUUGGCGCUGGAGCUGGUCCAGCUGGGCCUCAUCAGUGAGAUGGACCAAAGUAAAAUAGCAUCUCUUCUUGAAGAAACACUGUCUCAAGCUCCUCACUGAAAUCCCUUUCGGUCCAGUCAUAUUUAUUUUGUACAUACUUUUCCACCUGUUUUUUUAAACCUUUGGUGCUGUGACCAAAACGUGUUCUCAUUGGCCAUAAAGAAUGUAGCACCCUAUUAGCACAACUAUAUUAAAAAACUGACAACAUGUCCAUUAGUUUAUGUAUGACCCGGACAGAAAGAAAGCAAUGUACCAAAAUGUGAAUACUGCAUUUGAUGGCAAACUACCAUUUUAUAUUCUCCACAAAUUAAAAAAAGGAACAACUUCCCACAGACUCUUUGCACAGUAGAAGUUGACGUAUUUAGGUCAGCUGCAUUAUGAUAUUGAAAUUUAGACAAGAAUUUUAAUAGUAAGGAGAAUAUGUCAAAAUGCGGUUUCUUUAAAAUACUGUGAAUCCAUUUUAUGUAACUCUUAGGUUUUUUUUAUAUAUUAUCCUGUUGACGGGUUUUAUGCCCUUUUAAUGCUCCAUGAUGCUGCCUCAUGUCACUCUCUGAGCUUUUCCCAUUAACUUGAAACAUUUAUUCCAUACGAUGUUAAAACUGGACAUAGAUGUUUGAACAUACUAUAAUUUCACUUUGUUUACAAUUUCCAUGGUCAAUGUAUUCCUCAGCUGCAGUUUUGUGUUGGUACUUAACAGGGUGGCAGCAUUCUUCUUUCUUUUUUAUGUUUUACACCUCCACUUGUUAUGAGCCGGAGAAUUCUCUGUAGCACAAUAUAGUUUUUUCCUUUUAAGAUGGUGUCUUAUUUUCUGAUCUUCCAGACUUGAACCAUGUAUUAUUUCUUUUAUUUGUCAUUUGUGAGUGGUAUUGUAAUGUGCCUUUUCUUUUAUUUGGGGAGAAGGUGAGAUUGUGAAACCCAAAGACACACUCCUUGGCAAACGGUUUGUUGAUUUGAGGGAUGUCUGUUACUUUAUUUUUUCCUGUUACAAUUUCUUUCUUAAUCUUAAAAGAUAAGCAGAGUAUAGUACUUGGUAAAAAGUUUUGUUUCUUGUUUUUAUUUUUUUGUCUUCCAUGUUAUUUAUGACAUGAAUGUGAGUACUUGACUGUGUAUUGGGUACUCUCAGCUAUAACUACUCUUAACAAAUAAAAGCGUGAAACUAUACUAUA